GCCAAGGUAGGAAUCGAAAUAGAAAUGGAGCGCGGUGAAACGUUGGCUCGACACCUAUGGACGUACGAUAAACAGUCAUCUAUGGCUGACAAUAUAAAGAAAAUAGUGUUACAUCACAAUAGUGACCAAGUGGAACCAUUGCCAGCUAAUGGACGUUAUGCUUUGAAAGUUAUUCCUGACGCAAAGCACCCUUCUUUAAUAGAACAUUUUAUUACUGAAUCAUCUGUAGAACGUGAUAUACAAGAUGGUAUCAGCAUUAGACUGGUACCAAGUGUUGCAGAUACUAUCAGGCGCUUGUUUGAUAUCAAAAUGGACGAAGGUAUUUUGCUACAUUUAUCCACAGACAUUGUUUUCGUUCAAGGGAUUGUGGACACUAAUCGUCAAGAUGUACUGAUUAAAUACAUACAAAACGGCACGUUGUCUGAUAUUGGCGAGUCGGGGCCUUGAAUAUUCUCUUUCAUAUGUUAAAAAAUGGCUACAUACGCAAUUUGGACGAUGAAUUCAUGGUCAGAGUUGUAAAUAUUGCACAAGCUGGUCAAAGCACAGCAGAAUUUGCACUUUCGUUACUUAUUCACGUUUUGAGAUCAACUAGAGAUGGCCUUUCAUCUAAUAAAUCAGUUAUUUUGGAAAAUUUGCAACUUUCGUUGAUUAUGGGCCACUUUAAGAAUAUAAUCAUCAAAAACCACGAAACGUUAUAUCUAAGAUUGUUUAGUCUUAUUAAUUCGUUGAUUUCAUGCGCUAAAGGUGAACGUCGUAAAAACAUUUUAAAGGAGCUGAAUUCACCAGAAAAUCAUCAACUAUUCUACAAAUUUUUGAAAACACAUACUAAUAUGACCAAUAUAAUCGCAAGAGAAGUGUUUGUUUUACAAGCACGAUUAAUAACAAGUACAUAUUUGCAAUUUUACACCAAUCGUGGAACUGUAACAGCAAGUAUCUUCGAAGAACCAAACAGAAACAGUAAUGCUAGUGAAUAUGAUUAUUUAGACACUUCGAAUAGAAAUACUGUUCUGGGCGAUGGUGUCUGGGUUAGUAAUUUGCAAAAAGCAGAGUCCAUGUGUUCCAUAUUAAGUCUUUCGUCGAUGAAUAGCAAGUCUCCAGGUUCACAACUUCUGCAUAAAUGCUUGGAAUAUGGAAAAAAACACUACUGUACUUAUUUUGAUAGUCUUGAGAAAAGCGAUUAUUCCUGCGACGCUGAACUGUACACCAUUUCACAGAACAUUAUCAGCAUUUUAACUAAUCUACUAUGUAUUGGAAUACCAGUGCAUGCGCAUAAUUAUUAUCUUCCGAUGUUCUUUGCAUCGCGGGAAAUCGCAAUUUCGAGUGGUAUGCACACUGUGGAGUUUUUUGAAGAAUUAUUUGUCAAGACUUUGAUGCUUUUGUUCCAUACCAAAGCAGAAAUGCGAGUGAAAACACCGGAUGAUUUCAAAAAGUUAUAUCAAGUGUUGAAAAUACAAUUAAAACUUGUUUUUGAAAAACAUCCCAAAGAUUUUGAAGCUUGCGAUAUGCAUUUUUCUCUGGUAAACUACACAACUGUUCAGGAAAUUCUUCAGAAGGAAAGAGACGAACGUUGGUCGAAUAUUUACACUAAAAAUCCAGCUGUCCAAGAACUAAUUCAACAUUUCAACGACGAAAAUUUGGAGUUAGUUACUUUGUCACGUUAUAAUACCCUGGAAAAAGGUUUCGUGUUCAAGAACAUGACAACCAAGUCGGGUAAAUACUUUUCCCUGAAACUCACAAGUGACUUUCAAUCGCUUUUGUACAUGGACUGUGCAAGAAACGGAACUGAAAUUGGGAAUGGCAGCAGAAUGUGCAUACCUGUAAGCACCAUCAAAUACCUUGUCUUGGCGGAGAAGUGUAAUUUAAGGACAAGCAAUUUGGUCCCUGCAAGUCAAGUAAAAAACGUGUUCACUAUUUUAUACAAUUUAAUGGACUCCUAUGAGACUGAUUCGAUCGAUUGUUAUUUCUACAGUGAAGAUGCAUCGAAAACACCGGCUGAGUCGCAGAAAGAAAUGGAAGAACUGUGUAAUGUGUGGAAGGAUGGAUUAAACCUUCUCCUCGGAAAAGAAUACAGCCAGCAAAUGCAAAAUGAGUUAAAUGAAUUGAACGAAUUCGACUGUAAAAUGCAGUUAAUUGAAUUGCAAGAUAUUGAAAUUCCCAUGGGUCCAGCUCCUCCGCUACCAGUAUUUGAAUAUGGCGCGUUUUAACUGACAGUCAAACAUCGGGAAUGAUCGGUUUACAAUUGAAUAACAUUUAAAUUCAUUUAUUAUUCUUGUUGUUUGCAAUGUACGCUUAAUUGUAGUUAACUAGUAGACGUGUCCGAUUAUAGAGUAAUUGUAUUCUAGUCGUAAGCGCUUCGAUAACUUAUUAAAUACUCGUAAAUAUCACAUUAAA